GCCCCAGGCCCGUGGGAGGGGCCGGGCGCGGCGGGGCCGCGCCGCAGCUCGGCCGGGGAGGCGCCGCUCUCGCACCGCUGAGGCGCUGCCGCCGCCGGGCCCGGGGAGGAGACAUUCCAGCAGCUGCGCAUCUUUUGCUCCUGGUCUCCUUUCCCCUACGAACCUCCGCGAAGACAAGUUAUGUCCACAGCUACUCUGAUUAAUCUGGUACGGAACGGAGGGUUCCAAGUGAGAAGGAGAGCCGCGCUCACGUCCCGCUUCCUGCAGGACGAGAAGCGCCCGGCCGCCGCCUGCUCCCUCUCCACCUGCGAGCGCCGCGCCUCCCGCUUCGACCCCGACGGCAGCGGGCGCCCGACCACAUGGGACACCUUCGGCAUCUGGGACAACCGCAUCGAUGAGCCCAUUCUCCUCCCACCCAGCAUAAAGUACGGCAAGCCCAUCCCAAAGGUGAGCCUGAGCAACGUGGGCUGCGCCAGCCACAUCGGGAAGCGAAAGGAAAAUGAGGACCGGUUCGAUUACGCUCAGCUGACAGAGGAUAUCCUGUACUUCGCAGUGUACGAUGGGCACGGCGGGGCAGCAGCUGCAGACUUCUGUCAUAAGUACAUGGAAAAAUAUAUCAAGGAAUUUCUUGCUGAGGAAGAGAACUUGGAAAAUGUUUUGAGCAAAGCUUUUCUAGAAAUAGACAAAGCAUAUGAAAGGCAUGCUAAUCUCUCUGCUGAUGCAACUCUGCUGAGCUCUGGGACCACUGCAACAGUGGCUCUGCUCCGGGAUGGAAUUGAGCUGGUUGUGGCAAGUGUGGGAGACAGUCGUGCUCUGCUGUGCCGGAAAGGAAAGCCCGUGAAACUCACCAUUGACCAUACUCCAGAGAGAAAGGAGGAGAAGGAAAGGAUUAAGAAGUGUGGUGGCUUCAUUUCUUGGAACAGUUUGGGACAACCUCAUGUGAAUGCUAGACUUGCAAUGACACGGAGCAUAGGAGAUUUGGAUCUUAAAAACAGUGGUGUGAUAGCCCAGCCAGAAACAAAAAGGGUUCAGCUGCACCACGCAGACGACAGCUUCCUGGUGCUGACCACCGACGGCAUCAACUUCAUGGUGAACAGCCAGGAGAUCUGCGACUUCAUCAGCCAGUGCCACGACCCUGCUGAGGCUGCCCACGUGGUCACUGAGCAGGCAGUGCAGUUUGGCUCUGAAGACAACAGCACAGUUGUCAUAGUGCCAUUUGGAGCUUGGGGCAAGUACAAGAACGGGGAGGUCACAUUCUCCUUCAGCCGCAGCUUCGCUUCCAGCGGGAGGUGGGCGUGAAGGCAGCGCCACAGCCAUCCUUCCCUGCCGUCACCUGGACACAGCGUGCUACAGGAGAACACCUCCAUCUGUUCCUAGGCUGACUCAGUGUCUUGUCCAUCUCUUCUGUUCCCAGUGUUAGAAGAUGCCACUGCUCCCUUGGUGCGUAGUGCCCGUGUUGCUUACGGCUGACCAUGUCUCGCUGCCCGCGUUAUUCCCGGCGGCAUCGGGGCAGCGCCCUGGGUGUGUCGCCCCAGCAGCUCCACACAUCACUUUGUUCACACAGACGAGGUUCUGGGCUUUCACCUGAGGCUGGAGGGGGUGCACAGUCAUUUCAUGCCUACUUGUAUUCCUCAGGACCCUCAGCUCCCUGGCAGCUGUGAGUCCCUGAGCCACACACUGACCUCCUUGUCCGAUAAAACACAGGGGAACAAACGCACAAUGUUCUUAGGUAGACAGAAAGAGGGUUUGCUGUCUUCUUCUGCUGCAGGCACCUGAAACUCCCCUGUGCUCCAGGAGAAGUGGGUGAAAAAUAAAGAAGUUUCAGAAUGUUUAGGUUCUGAUGCCAGUGGCAUUUGGUGUAGCUGUACAAGUUCCUGAGACAGUGCUGCUUUGUGCUCUCACUGCCAUCAUCUGUGAUCCUCUAGCUCCAAGGAGACAGACCAGGCUGGAGCCAUGUGCUGUUGGACAGAUGGGAACCUUUCUCCAUUGGGUCCAAAGCCUGUGCAGUCUCUGUGGACCAUGCAGCAGCCCCUUGCACUGUCUUCUCUUUGCUGUCAGUGCCUGACAGAAGCACAGAGGAGGGAAAAAGACGCACAGUUUUGAUAUCCAGAGACUCAUCAACUUGAAUAUCUUUUUUUUUUUUUAAAUAAAGAAAAUAAGCUAAUUUCAAAGAGUUUACUCUUCAAGA